AUGUCGAACUUGACAUUGCCUUCUUCAGCUAUUUCUCUCCGGAACGAUUGCAGUAAGAAAUAUCUAGAGAAAAUGGUAAGUUCUUGCUCGUUUGUGUUUGUAAAAAUAGUUGAGGGGAUAUGAAAUUGACAACUGUCAUGGACAACUGUCAUGGACAACUGUCAUGGACAACUGUCAUGGACAACUGUCAUGGACAACUGUCAUGGACAAUUGACCAUUUAAAAAGCAAUGUCAAAUACUUGUACGUAUUUAAUUUGGAACUUUGAGAUGAGAGCGUUUGAAAUUUUAAACACUUGUUAUCAAAUCGUAUUGGAAACUUUAAGCUCCGCGUCUGUGGGACUGCUACAAGAGAGCUUUAAGCUCCACUUCUCUGUGGCUGCUACAAGAGUGCUUUAUUUAAGCUCCAGGUCUCUGUGACUGCUACAAGAGAGCUAUAAGCUCCACGUCACUGUGACUGCUACAAGUGAGCUUUAAGCUCCGCGUCUUUGUGACUUCUACCAGAGAACUUACAUUAAUAUUCUUACUUUUAUUUAAAUAGAUUUUUAUUCAUCAUACCACUUAUCAUUUAAACUGUUUGUUACCUAGCAGUAAGCUUAUAAACAAUGUUAUAGUUACUGAUAUCUUACAGUAAGCUGAGCUACAAUAUUAUAUUAGUGAUAUCUUGCAGUAGGCCGAUACAAAUGUUAUGGUUACUGAUUAUUUACAGCUAGCUAAUAAACAAUGUUAUGGUUACUGAUAUCUUCCACCUAGCUGAUAAUCAAUGUUAUUGUUACUGAUAUAUUGGAGUAAGCUGCUUCUUGCGCACAGACGAAAUAAAUUCAACUUGGAAUCUUGACAAAAGUUUGAUUUCAUAAAUAAAUGAAACUAGUUGUAGCCCGCCAAACAUUGGCGGUAGCAGUGCGUGAACUUCCCAUCUACUAAAGUUACUUGACAAAACGAGAACUCAAGUUUCGCACAUUUGAGAAUGCGAAUGUUGCUUCACCCCUUCCCCCACCCCCCUUUUUCAUGAGACGUCACUGCACACUUUUUAUUUCAAUCCGACCCGCGGAUUAGCAUAUGCCGCGAGCUGGCUGGAAAGCGAGGGUGGUGCAGGAGGGGGCGGCGGUAGCUCGACCACAGUGCGCAUAUCUCGAGACCAACGAUGGGCAGGCAAAGGAAGGGAGGGGAUGAUUUGCAUGCGUCUUGCUUGCUCUGGCGUAUCUAUAUAUAGCCUGCGUGGUCGUCUUGGUCUUGUUGUGCCGUAGUUUCUGGCGAAUUAUAUAUAUAUAGAUGAAUGCAUUCGCCCACAAUUUACCUUAAUUGCCGUGGGAUCAACGCUUGGUUUAUUGUAGCCCAUAAUAUUAUUGGCAACAAAAACCAGUGAAAAGAUAUUCUUAAAUACUUUGCGAAGCCCUUAAACUCAAUGCCCCAAAGAUUUACACUUUCAAACAUUCAAAUGGAGGCGAAGAAAUAGAAAACAUUAAUGUAAAAUAAAUAUACAAAUUAUUGCAAGAAAAAGGACAUUAUAGAGAAACGAAUGACCGUAUUGAUCGGCGGAUAAAACGCACUUUUUCUCCCUGAAAAGAGAGGGCAAAUGAUGUGUGUGUGUCAUACGCCGAUAUAAUGGUAAGGACCCAUUAGUACAUUACCACAUAGCAACGCGAAUGGUGAGUGUUAUACGCCGAUAAAUACGGUAUUUUUCUACGUAGUAAAAUAUGGAAUGUGAACUCUUGAAUCAAAAUACAGGGCUCUAAGGGAAUAACGUUUCGGCCAAGAGCCAGCCAAGCCGACGGGACAGAGGAAAAAAAAACACCUCAAGAAAGAGGCACACGUUUUUGAAAGAUUUCGACUAGAUGAGACAUGAAAUUUUUAUUGUUAUCAUCAUUUUAUGCAACAUACUCUCAGAAAUCAACGGGCUAAAAACUAUUGCAAAUAUGAAUUCGUUCGGACGCUUCCUCCAUACCAAGUUAAAGUAACUUUAUUGAGGUAAUUUAUUUCUGUUUCCUGAAAGGAAAUAUGAAAAAGUUUAAUCUAUAUCUCUAUUAUAGAUAUUCAUUACAAGAUUAUUUUUUUUGGGACAAAUCUAACGGAGUUAAAAGAUGGAUAAUUGAUAGCACUACGCUAAAAACAACUCAUAACGUCACUAAUCUCUGGUAGAAAGAGGUCUUCGCCGAAUGCAGGUGACUUUCCAGAUUCAGACACUCACGUCGCAAUAAAAAAAAAAUGCAUGCUAAUCAUUGCUGUUUUCAUUAGAGAAAACAGACAGACAAACAAACCAACAUAACUAAGAAGUCUUUAACGUAUUCAAGCAUUUAAUUUAAUACUCUAAAAUACCGUUUGCUCACGGCACCGAGCAACAACGUAAUUUGUUGGCGACAGCAGCUGGUAAUUCUUUUUGAAUGUUACAACAAAGGCUCGCCAUUUUCUCUUACCGUCUUGCGCGUAGGUGCAAAUAUAUUACCUCUAUCUUAUAUCUAUCAGUGGCAUUUAAUUUGAUUCUGACAGGUAAACAGUAGAAUAUCUUUCUUAUUUUUUAAAAAUUAUAUACAUGCGUAUGCCUGCUAAUUAGUCCAGCCCCCCCCCCCGGUCCGCUCUAAACCUUCCCUAGCCACUCAACCCCCAUUAGCUAUCUUACCGCCCCCCCCCCCCUUCCUCGAAUUGUCCACUUAGGAAUAGCUGGUUUGCAACAAAUUACCAUUUAUGAUAAUAAAUGUAUCCACGUUUCACGGGAUAUAAAGCUGUUUUGUUCAUCGACUUCAGAUACCUCUGUAAUGUACAAAUGGAAUUCAAUAAUUUGUAAAUGUUAGUAUUUUUAUAAAAGAAAAUAGUAAAGGGGGGUGUCUUGUUCGAAGAUUGACGUCAUUUACUUGAAAUUAAUUGAUGAAACAUUGAGAUAUUUUUAUCUUCAAAUGAUAGAAAAAUAAAUUUUAUUUAUUGACAGAUGAGCGCAUCGUUUGUUUUCAUCUUGGUGUUUGUAACAUGGUCUGCAGGGAUGCCAGUAAAUAAUGAAGGUAACUUACUAACGUCUUUCUAAUGUGUUCCUUUCAAAAACAGUGAGCACAGUGAGAAAACAGUGCGUACAGUGAGCAAACUGUGCGUACAGGGAGAACUCAGUGCGUACAGUGAGAACACAGUGCGUACAAAGAGAACACAGUGCGUACAGGGAGAACACAGUGCGUACAGUGAGAAUACAGUGCGUACAGUGAGAACACAGUGCGUACAGUGAGAACACAGUGCAUAGAGGGAGCACACAGUGCGUACAGUGAGAACACAGUGCGUACAAUGAUAACACAGUGCGUACAAUGAGAACACAGUGCGUACAGUGAGAAGGAAAUCGAAGCUUUCCACCUUCUUUCUAAGCUUUAUUUCAGACAUUAAUAAAAAGCCGUUCGUACGGAAGGAAGGGUGUGGGGGGGGGGGGGGGGGGGGGAGGUUUGACGUCGCUAUGCCGGCACAGCGCUCUUUGGUUGGAACUUGUAACAACAGACUUGGAACAAAUGACUUUUAAAAACAGACUAAUCACAACAUCACAGAUUUUUAAAAUAGACUGCUCACAGCAGACUGGUAACAGCAUACUUGUAACAACUGACUUUUAAAAACACACUUUUAAAAACAGACUUGUAACAAUAAACUUGUAACAAAAGACUUGUAAUAAUAGACGUGUAACAAUAGCUCUCACUGAAACUUUUAAACUUACACAAUUUUUAAGCGUACGAAUAUGUUAAAAAAAGUUCUGAUAACUUAACAGUCGAAUUUUGCAUGAGACUUAAAGAAACAAUAUUAUAUGCAAAUUAUAUAAUAACAUUUUUUAAUAAGUAGCUCUACAAACAAACCCAUAAAUAUUUGACAUUUGACGUCAUUUGUACAAGUCUGAUCAAGGAAAUUCAACGUGACGUAUUAGUUUGUAUUUAAAACAAUCAAAUUUUACGUAAGAUUUUCUGCCUAGACAUGUAACAUGUAGGUCAACGUUUGUUCAGACCUGUUAAAAAUCAAUUGAAACACAAUCAUAACAACCCCCCAAAACUAUUCGGUUUGUAUUACUUGUAGUUUUAUGACAGAUUUCUGCUAUUACUAAAUAUAAACACCUUUACUUUCAGACACUAACAAGGAAAGGAACUUCACUCGCAGAUUCAAGGAGAUUAAAUUGAAAAGGUCACCAUUUGUUGGUUUACCAGUAGACAGGCCUAGAGUGAGUCUCGAUUUACCAGUAGAUUGGUCUGACUUUCGACGUGGAGGUUUAACAAAAGCGGGGCUUGGAGCUGUAUUCCAAAGAUUGCCAGUUAGUGGAUUUAAAGGUUUAAACAAUGGUGGACUCGUUGAUGCACUUAAGAUUUCACCAGCAAUUGGUGCUGUAGGAACACUUAGCAGUUUAUCAGACGGUGGGCUUGGAGAAUCUCUUAAAAGAUUACCAGCAGUAGGACUUGAAAUCUCACCAGUAAAUCAGAUUGUAGAAACACUUGAAAAUCUAUCAGAAGGUGGACUUGGAGAAACAUUUGAAAAUCUAUCAGAAGUUGGACUUGUAGAAACACUUGAAAAUCUAUCAGAAGGUGGACUUGUAGAAACACUUGAAAAUCUAUCAGAAGGUGGACUUGUAGAAAAAAUUGAAAAUCUAUCAGAAGGUGGACUUGUAGAAAAAAUUGAAAAUCUAUCAGAAGGUGGACUUGGAGAAACACUUGAAAAUCUAUCAGAAGGUGGACUUGUAGAAAAAAUUGAAAAUCUAUCAGAAGGUGGACUUGGAGAAACACUUGAAAAUAUAUCAGAAGGUGAACUUGUAGACAAAAUUGAAAAUCUAUCAGAAGGUGGACUUGGAGAAACACUUGAAAAUCUAUCAGAAGGUGGACUUGUAGAAACAAAUGAAAAUCUAUCAGAAG